AUGGGCACUUUCCAGUUGGACAAAAUGGUAAAGAAGAAUGACGAUUUUAAUUCAUUUUACGAAUGUAGGAAAAAUGAAAAUGAGGUAAGCAAACUAUCUGUGGGUGGAUUGAGUAGGACCGCUCCGUGCGGUGUGGAGGAGAGGGACAGCGGCUUCCAUAAGGGGGCCGCUAUAAAUGAUCACCCCGCUGGAGAGAAGGAUAUCGUGUGGUCAUUUGGUAACACGCGCCUCAGUUAUAACGUAAAAAAUAACAUCCUUCGAGGAGGGGCUCCAAAUGGUAGGAAUGGCCCAAAUAAAGUGGUGAUGACGUCUGGAAGUGAACAGGAUGACGAUGAUGAUGAAGAUGACGAGGAAGACGACGACACGGAGGAAGAUUCGAGUUGCUUAGAAUACGUGUCAAAUGAUGACAAUUCGUAUUACUCCCUUUAUGAGGGGUAUAAAACGAAUUACAUAAUGGAGUCCCUGUUUGAUAGAAACUCCUUUGUGUACUUCCUGGUGCCGUUUAAUAAAUACAGCUAUACGAAUUAUUACACGAAUUGGAACAAGAUAAGUUUUCGCAUGUACGCUUCGCUAAAUUGUGUGCAAGAGAAGCCUAUUAAAAGAAAAAGAAAAAUAAACUACGUUGGGAGAAGCAGAAGUGACAGCAAUGCUAGUGAAGGGGUUAUGUUGAAGGGGGCAGUUGCCGCAUUGGCCGACCAGGACAGAGGGCAGAGCCCUUUCCAAAGUGGUGUAAAGAGUAGUUCCCCCUCACGUGACGCCAGGAAGCAUGAUGGAAAAGGAGCCAAUAGGGACGUGGGAUCCCCGCUGAGUGGACGGCUUCCCUCGCAAACCAGCGACCACUAUAGUGAUGUUGAGGAUGUCAAUUUUAGGAACCCCCUAAUAAGGAUGAUGAAUAAUUUUUUGUACUUCCUCCUGUUAAGUGAGUUCUUCACCUAUAACGAGCUAAUCAAGUUAAUGCCCCUGUGCAAAUGCUCCUACGAAAUAUUCAAUAAAUUUUUCUACCUUAAUGUCCACGUGAAUCCGUUCAGACAGAAUGUUAAGGACAUUAUACGUUUUUUAAAUGAGAAUAAAGAGUACCAGUUUUAUAUUUUGAAGGGGUCGAACUGUAUGGAGGACAGUUGGGAGAGUCGUUUUGACCAGAAGAGGGAGCUACUCACUUACGAGUCCCUCAUCGGUGGGCAAACCCUAAACCCUGAACCCACUUUAAAUGAAGCAGAAAAAUUCAGAGGUGGAUAUUCGGGUGGACAAGAUGGGGUAUCCCCCCGUUAUGAUCUCACAACGGAUACAGGAAUGGGAGAAGGCGCUGCAGAGAAUAACCCCAUGGAAAAUAAAUACCGAACAAAGGAGGGAGGAACACCAUCCGGGGAUACACACCAGAGUAGUAGUGGUAACCCCCUGGAGAAAGCAAAGAAGAUUGUAAAAAAUGGAGAAAAGGUACUUCACACGAACAAUAUUAUGAACAUGAGGUACUUGUUCAGUUUGUAUGAAUUUAUACGAAUCUAUUUAAGCAAGGAGAACAGGGAGGGUGUAACUUUUUGCACCUCCGAUGAAAAAUUUAAACAUAGCUCCAGCAGGACCAACAGGAGGGACGUUUUUUACGACGAUAUUUUUCCCUAUGGAAAUAAAAUCAGCUCUUUUGAGUAUAAAAUAAAGUUAAAGAAACAUGUACAGAGGAGAUGGAACUUGAAAAGCAACUACGUGCAUGAGAAUUAUUUUAUGCACAAGACGAGGGGGUCGUCAAAUGGUCCGAACACAGGUUUACUAAAAUUGAUUCAUAACAAGCAGAGUCAGUUGUACCCCUCGUUUAGUUCCUUCCUCUCGAUGGACAAAUGUGGGUGUGUAAAUUUGUGGAAGAUCGACGAUGUGAAUUCGUUGCUUCCUACUCGUUUGCUGGAGGGGCAGAUAACCUUGGAGGGGAAGGACGCCCUCUUCCCCAGGGAUACAGUGAACCUGAGGGAUGACACAUUUGUGGUGGCGGACGAGUCGGCCAUUUACUCCUUUUCUUUGGAAGGAACGAAGCCUAUAUCGGCGAAGCGAAUCGUUCAGAUGGACGCACAGCGAAUCAGCGAAGGAGGAAAAGUGAAAAACAUAGUUAUGAGUGACCAGGGGAAGUGCAGCGUGGGGCUUAACCAAGCCAUAUGCUACCGCAUAGAUUUGGAAAGCGGCACGGUAGAAAGCGAAAAAAAGCUGAUGGAAGAUUUGAAGAAAAUUGCUCGCUUCGAUUAUAAUACGAACCUAGUUAUGAGCAAAAAGAACAUCCUCAUUGAUGACAGGAGAAUGUCAAACUAUGUCUCCUACGUGAAUUACAACCUAAUAGAUUACGAUAAUGAUAAAAAAUAUUUUAACAGCGAAAAUUAUUUCCAUGAUUUUAGUCUAACGGGCAUAUCACUAACUUCCCUAAAUUCAAACAACUCCAUUUUUCUAUUUGACCUGAGGUACAAGUACCCCUCCACGUGUCUGCAUUACGAGAGUCCCAUCACGGAAACGCACACUUCUAGGGAAAAUGAGAAGAUUCUUUACCUGCUAAAUCUGAAGCGAAAUUAUAACUCCAGAUUCUACUGCAGUAAUAAGAAGUACAGUGGUUUUCACGACAACAUUAUUUUAAAUCCGUUGGUGACACGCAAGAAGGAGGAAUUAAAUCAAGGAGAGGAUAACUUCGUAAAAGAUAAAAUCCUUUCCGAUGAGUCAUUCAUUUAUACUAUUGUAAAGGAUGGAAGGGAGACAGAUUUGGAAGGGUGUAACUUACCUACUUCCUUUCUGAACAUGUGGAGGUGGUGUGAUAAAAGACAAUUUAAAACAUUUUUUCAUUACUAUGAAGACAUAACAGCUGGAAAGAGGAAUUAUUCAGACAUGUUAGUUUCAUCACCUAACGUCAGUGCGGAAUGUAGUGGCGCAUCCAACUUGGGAGGAGACCUUUUUUCCACAGGGGAGGACUCAAAAGCCAAUGUAGGACCGUAUUACUACAAAACGCUAUCCUUUGAUCAAAUUUACAAAUUUGUGGACACUCCAAAUCAUUUAUUCUUGACCUAUGAAAAUUCGAACUAUGUUCAUUCACUGUUGUCUCCUUCGCAUGGGCUCGAGUUGAAGAGCUCCCUAAAGGAGGUUCCCUUUUUCAUGCAUCCCACCAAUUUGUGA